ACCUUGUUAGAAGAGCCUGUAGCUCUGCUGCUUGUGCAGAAUGAAGGCAGACUGCUCUUUUUAUUUUCCACAGGGGUUGCAGCAUAUCUAAUAGAGGAUUUUCCGUCUUUUUGAUAAUAAACUGGACCCAUCUAUGAACCACAUUGAAUAUCCUGUGGAACACAGUCAGCAACGGAGCUUUACUCUGGUGAGAGACACAUAAACAGGCUCGAUGGGUCGUAUUUUUCUGGAUUAGACUUAGAAGAAGAGAAAGGAGGCAAAAUAGUGAAACACUCCUUUUGUGUUAUUUGGUUUCAUUCUCACUACAUAUUCAAGAAUGGGUUCAUGUAUAAGUGUAACAGUUACUUGGAGCAUUCAGCACCAUCUCUAAUAAGUCUUCCAGAGAACUAGACGCAAACCAAGAACAAUCUUCACGGUAGCUAUCUUAAAUAAAUUAAAAAUGCAUUCUGAAGACGAAAAGGGGCACAAGCGUACUGCAGAUGCAAAUAGUCAUGAGAUGACUGCAUCCAGCCAGGGAAAUGAAUCUGAAGACAAACACAAGGAAAAGAAGAAAGCAGAAAAGGCUAAGAUGGUCAGCCCGCUUACACUGUUUCGAUACUCCAGUUGGUCAGAUAGAUUACUAAUGAUACUAGGCACUCUCCUGGCAAUAGUCCAUGGAAGCAGUCUACCUAUUACAAUGAUAAUUUUCGGUGAUAUGACUGAUAGCUUUGUUUCUUCUGGAACUACAAAUGAUACAGGAGACAUGCCUGCAGCAAAUAUGUCUGAAUAUUUUUUUGGCAAGCUGGAAGAAGAUAUGACAAGAUAUGCAUACUACUAUUCUGGAAUAGCAGCUGGUGUUCUUAUUGCUGCUUAUAUCCAGACUUCAUUUUGGACCCUAGCAGCAGGCCGGCAAAUAAAAAAAGUCAGAGAAAAAUUUUUUCAUGCAAUAAUGAGACAGGACAUUGGAUGGUUUGAUGUAAAUGAUGUGGGAGAACUUAAUACGCGUCUUAUAGAUGAUGUCUCCAAGAUUAAUGAAGGAAUAGGUGACAAAAUGGGAUUGCUUUUUCAAUCACUAACAACAUUUAUAGCAGGAUUUGUUGUUGGUCUCAUAAGAGGAUGGAAACUAACUCUUGUGAUAUUAGCAGUCAGUCCUCUCCUGGGACUUUCAGCAGCCCUCUGGGCAAAGGUUCUCUCUGCUUUCACUGACAAAGAGCAAGCUGCAUAUGCAAAAGCAGGUGCCGUUGCAGAGGAAGUUCUGGCCGGAGUCCGUACAGUGAUAGCUUUUGGAGGACAGGAAAAAGAAAUCAAAAGAUACCAUAAAAAUUUAGAAGAUGCUAAAAGGAUUGGAAUAAAAAAGUCUAUUACAUCUAAUAUUUCUAUGGGUGCUGCUUUUUUGCUGAUAUACGCAUCAUAUGCAUUGGCCUUCUGGUAUGGAACUACCUUGGUCAUAAAUGAGGAUUACUCUAUUGGCAAUGUUCUUACAGUCUUUUUUUCUGUAUUGAUUGGAGCUUUCAGUAUUGGACAAACUGCUCCAAGCAUAGAGGCAUUUGCUAGUGCAAGAGGAGCUGCCUAUGCAAUCUUUAAUAUCAUAGACAAUGAACCUCAAAUUGACAGUUUUUCAGAGACGGGUCACAAACCCGACCACAUUAAAGGGAACCUGGAAUUCCAGAAUGUUUACUUCAGUUAUCCAUCUAGACCAGAUAUUGAGAUACUGAAGGGCUUGAAUCUCACAGUUAAUUGUGGCCAGACAGUGGCCCUAGUUGGUGGCAGUGGCUGUGGGAAAAGUACAACUGUUCAGCUUAUCCAGAGAUUUUACGAUCCCAAGGAAGGCACGGUUACCAUUGAUGGGCAGGAUAUCAAGACCCUAAAUGUAAGAUAUCUGCGGGAAAUUAUUGGUGUGGUGAAUCAGGAGCCUGUGCUCUUUGCUACUACCAUUGCAGAAAACAUUCGUUAUGGCCGUGAGGACAUCACCAUGGAAGAGAUUGAAAAAGCUACCAAGGAAGCGAAUGCUUAUGACUUCAUCAUGAAGCUACCAAAUAAAUUUGAAACUGUGGUUGGAGAAAGAGGGGCACAGCUGAGUGGAGGUCAGAAGCAACGAAUAGCAAUUGCCCGAGCUCUGGUUCGCAAUCCUAAAAUUCUUCUGCUUGAUGAGGCAACGUCAGCUUUGGAUACUGAGAGUGAAGCAGUUGUGCAGGCAGCACUGGACAAGGCCAGGGAAGGACGCACCACGAUUGUAGUAGCUCAUCGACUAUCAACAGUCCGAAAUGCAGAUCUUAUAACUGUUUUCAAAGAUGGAGUUAUCACUGAACAAGGGAAUCAUUUUAAAUUGCUUGAGAGAAAGGGAAUCUACUACAAACUUGUCAACAUGCAGGCAAUAGAAGCUGAAGCUCCAUCGUCAGAAGAAGAUGAAAAUGCACUUAGUGUCAAAAAAAGUGAAUCUGAACCAGAAUUUGAAGAAUCCUUAACAAGAGGACUGAGAAGACGAUCAACUCGAAGAAGUAUGAGAAAGCCAGCAGCACAAAUUGAUGAUUCUGAUGAGAAAACCAGUCCAUCUGAUGAAGAACUACCUCCAGCUCCCUUUCUGAAAAUUAUGAAGUUGAACAAACCCGAAUGGCUAUACUUUGUAUUUGGAAUUUUAAGUGCAGUUAUCAAUGGAGCUUUACAACCAUCAUUUGCCAUCAUAUUUUCAGAAAUUAUAGGGAUCUUUUCAGAAACCGACAAAGGCAUUUUAAGAGAAAAGAGCAACUUUUAUUCACUGAUGUUUUUAGUACUUGGGAUCAUAUACUUUCUAACUUUCUUUAUGCAGGGUUUCACGUUUGGCAAAGCUGGUGAAAUUCUUACAAUGAGGCUUCGAUUCAUGGCAUUUAAAGCAAUGCUUAGACAGGACAUGAGCUGGUUUGAUAAUACUAAAAACACCACUGGAGCAUUAACUACAAGACUUGCUAAUGAUGCGUCACAAGUGAAAGGAGCAACUGGUGUCAGACUGGCAUUGAUUGCCCAAAACAUAGCUAACCUGGGGACUGGAAUUAUUAUCUCAUUAGUCUACGGCUGGCAGCUGACGCUGCUACUUUUAGCUGUUGUGCCAAUCAUUGCAGUGGCAGGAAUGAUUGAAAUGAAGAUGUUGGCUGGACAUGCUAUAAAGGAUAAAAUAGAGCUGGAAGCUGCAGGAAAGAUUGCUACGGAAGCCAUAGAAAAUAUUAGAACUGUUGCUAGUUUGACCCGAGAAAGAAAAUUUGAGUUGAUGUAUGGAGAACAUUUGCUUGGACCAUACAGAAAUUCUGUGAAGAAAGCACAUGUGUUUGGACUUUGUUUUGCCCUUUCACAAGCAAUGAUAUUCUUUACCUACGCUGGCUGUUUCCGGUUUGGUGCCUAUCUAGUGGUAAAAGGACACAUGAAUUAUAAAGAUGUGUUUUUAGUGUUUUCAGCUAUUGUAUUUGGUGCAAUGGCAUUAGGACAAAGCAGCUCUUUUGCUCCAGACUAUGCCAAAGCCAAGAUAUCAGCAGCCCACUUGUUUCUGCUGUUUGAAACAGUACCUGCCAUAGAUAGUUACAGUGAGGAAGGAGAGAAACCUGAUACAUUUGAGGGAAACAUAACCAUCAGAGAUGUGUCAUUUAACUACCCAAACCGACCACAGGUCAAAAUCCUCCAAGGUUUGAAUCUAAAAGUAGAAAAGGGACAAACUCUGGCUCUUGUCGGUAGCAGCGGCUGUGGAAAGAGUACUGUUGUUCAGCUGCUGGAGAGAUUUUAUGAUCCACUUGAUGGAGAAAUGCUUUUUGAUGACAAAAAUGCAAAGACUUUAAACAUCCAGUGGCUGAGAGCUCAGAUUGGUAUCGUCUCACAAGAACCAAUGCUGUUUGACUGCACUAUUGCUGAAAACAUUGCAUAUGGAGAUAACAGUCGGGAAGUGUCGUAUGAGGAAAUUGUUAAUGCAGCAAAAGAAGCCAACAUUCAUUCCUUCAUUGAUGCUUUGCCAGAUAAAUACAAUACCCGCGUAGGAGACAAGGGAACUCAGCUGUCUGGUGGCCAGAAGCAACGUAUUGCUAUUGCCCGAGCUCUUGUACGUCAGCCCCAAAUUCUGCUACUGGAUGAAGCUACAUCUGCCUUAGAUACCGAAAGUGAAAAGAUUGUCCAGGAAGCACUGGAUAAAGCCAGAGAAGGUCGCACCUGCAUUGUGAUAGCUCACCGCCUCUCCACCAUCCAAAAUGCUGACAAGAUAGCUGUGAUCCAGAACGGCAAAGUUGUAGAACAAGGGACCCAUCAGCAGCUGCUUGCUGCAAAAGGCAUCUAUAAUUCUCUGGUCAAUGUUCAAAGUGGGUCAUGCAACAUGUAAAUUAAAGAAAAUACUUAUUUCUGAAUUGUCACUUUAAUUAUUUCAAUACUGCUAUUUUUUGUCACUGUAAUUAUUUUGGUAUCAAUAGUUAGUCUUGAUACUUCUGGAUUUCCUCCUUCCUUUCAAAAGUCCUACAAAACCAGAAAAAAACUAAGUAAAUAUAUACCAGUUUCUCAAUACUACUUUUCAUUAUACUAACCACACACUACUAUCAUAGGCCUUGUGUAAGGCACAGUCAGUCCUGGUGUUUUAAGGUUGUUAUCAACUUGUUAUGAGAACUUACAGGUCAGCUGGAGCUUGAUACUAGAUGUCUCUAGUUGUGAUGUGGAGUUUUAGCCUGAGAUGACAGCAAACAUCUUGAAAAUAUGGGCACAGGCUGAAAUCAAAUGUCCCAGAAGUUUAAGUACUUCAUGGAUGGUCUGUUACUGAUCGUUGAAGAGGUGCAACCUUAAGACCUGGGAAAAGACUCUUUGAAGCAUGACACAGAAAAGAAGCAGCAGAUAAGAAAAAACAAAACUAUAACUGUUGGGCAAGGCAAAAAACCCAUAACUGUUGGGCAAGGCAAGGUACCUGCUGCAGCCUGGAAAAGUGCUCUUGACAAGUUUCUCAAAGUCCUAGGAGUCAGAGGUCAAUGGCUAAGAACUCUCUAAAGACUGCAGUAUUUUAUAAAAGGUGGAAACAUUGAAUUUGGGCAAAGGAAGGACACUCUUUUCAGUGUUAGCUUCCUUCAUUGAAAAGCUCUUGAACCUAAUCACCUUGGUGACUAAGACUCUCAAGGACUGUAAUCAUCAGUGCUGAUUACAUAACACCAUCUCUGAGGUAUUGUGUGUUAGUUGCUAAUUUAGGAUGACUGUUAAAGACUAACUGUUUUCAAUAUGUAGUAAUAAUGAUUAUUAAUUAAUUAAUAAUUCUGAUUAAUUAACCAUUAGAAAUGUAUAUUGUUAAUUAAUAUCUAUGCAGUAAAGGGUUUUUUUUAAGUUUAAAAUCGGCCUGAUUAAUCAGUCUUCCACACUUCCAUCAUAGCAAUUUCUGAUUCCCCAAGAUUUAUACAUGAGCUAUCACAUCUACAUGUAGUUGCUUACACACACAGCCUAACUGACAGGCAGUUAGGCUCAUCAAUGUACUAAUAACACUCCCCAGAAUGUUGAUUUGUGCAGUUGCAUUGUGUUCCUCUUGAAUCUCUUACCUGUUUUCUUCUGUUCCUGACUUAAAUGAAAAUACCUAUGCUACUGCUCACAUUUGCUUUGCUUUCAGAACUUCCUUUUGGAAGACAACCACCAGAUUAGUGCUAUUGUGCUACCACCAGUUGCCUCGUCGUGUAAUCUUUAAUCACAGAGCCAAAAGGACAGGCAGGGGCCUUCAAAAAUGUGCUCUUCACCAUAUUCUAUCAAUACACUUUUACAUUAUAAUUCUUGACCCAAAUAAAUGGUUGACUGACCUAGGACAAUUCUGCACAGUGCAUUGCUCAGUUCUGCUCCAAGGGCCAUUUUUCAACUGUGUCUUUCUAGAGGACAUAAGAGAUUUUACUUCCUACCUCUUCCUUUUCAGUUAGGCUCUGAGGCAUUUUCAUUCACCUUCAUAUCAUAAGAUAUGUAUCUGAACUCUGAGUUCUCCUCACGAGAAUAGUCAGCACUUGUCUUCAACUGUAAGCAGCCUAAACACUUGAUAAUACUUACGUGUUAUUUUAAAGAUCUUUUGGCUUUGUUCUUCUUUUGAGAGCUUGCAACAGUUUCAAGCAGACCUUACUUUUCUGGAGCAAGGUAAUCUAGCAGUGCUUUUCAUACAUUUCUCAUGCCUCUUGCCCCAUUACCUUUGGAACGAGUCUUCCGAGAGAUGUCAGCAUUGAUAUCACUUUGGCAAACUGAAUCACUUUCCAAGCAUAUACCAUUGACUGUAGGAAAAAGGAAGCAAGAAGUACAUAAGUUCAACAGUCUGCUAGCCCUCCUGCUGAAAGAACUAAUCAAAGGAGUGUGUUCAGAAUUAAAAUGGGGUUUAGCUCUAGAAAGCCUUUCUUAGUGUAGAUUCCUAUCAGGGUAUUGAAUACUAGUGUCCGGUUGUCCACCAUUCUCCAACAUAUUUACCCCUACAAGGGCAAUUUGCUGUUCCUUAUGCAACAAAUAUUUCACUAUUGUUUCUGAUAUAGAACGAAGGCAUAAAUAAAUUCUGAAAUUCUCCCUCCCCUCAAAUGAUUCUGAAGAAGUAUUUCUCACCAGUGCCAUAGGCCAUGUACCAUCUUUAAACAAAGACUGUAAACUGGUUCUAGAUCUCCCCUAGUCUCUUCUUCGGGCAUUCCCUCAAAGCUCUUCCUGAACUAUCCCAUAUGCUAGGAGGUGUUCAACAAUCUUCCACACUGACAGAGACUCCCCAUCAGUCUCACUUUAAUGAAACCUACUUCCAUGUGAGUAAAUCCUUUGAACCUGUUUUCUCUUUCUUGCCACUAUGCUUGUCUAUGAAAGCAACUCUUCCUGGUAGCAUUAAUUUCUGCAAGACACUAAAGACCUCCUUGAAACAUUUGUUAAUGGGUAAUUAUUGUAAUCAUUCAUAGUACAAAUAGACAUACAGUUAAUCUGUUCCUGAAGGUGUAUUGUCUACCCAUACAUUUAUAACUCUUCCUCCUAUUCCUCUCCUUAAAAAUCCAAUCUACCUUGUAGACUUGGUCAUUGGAAGGAAAGAAAACAGCGGCUUGGAGGGGAGGAGAGACAUGAGACAGUGCCUCUGAAUACAGGGUAAAACCACUCAACUAGCAAGUCCUGUACGAAAAAGCCACUUUAUGAAUGUAUCUAUAGACUGUCUAAAUAACUGUUAUUGUCAAGUACCUAGACUUUCUUCUAGAUAAAUUAUCUAGAACAAUGUAGUUUAGUCAUACAUUCCUUCUCUAUUUCUCAGAUAGGACAGUAUCUAUAAUUGUGGUUAUUUUAAUGCAGUGAAUUUCAAAAAAAAAUAGGAGACAGGACCAGCAGCCACUUCAAGUCUUUUGCUGUGAAUUCUGAUAUCAAUAGAAAUGAGAUAGAUAUCAAAAGUAGAGAAUAUCAAAAGUAGAGAAUAUCAAAAGUAGAGAAUAGGAAGGAAAAGAGCAGAACACACGAGGACAACUAUCUUUAGCAAGCCCUGUUAUUGUAAGAUGAGAACAUUUCCUUUUGUCUUUGUUCCUGUGUACAUUUCAUUCUAGCUGUACUCUAUUAACUGAGGUGAUCAGUACUCUAACACUUCUGCUGUAGAGGUCUAGGACAGGAAUGCAUCUAACACAAAGUGAACAUUCAUGCCUAAAUUAAGUUCUCUAGGCAAGCCCAUCUAAUGCAGAGUCAAUAAAGGCCUGAUCAAUGGAAUCUAGGGCAUUUUUCCCAUUUUGAAGUUGCUUUCGCUAGCAGGUCAGAUUAACAACAGUAGACAGAAUGAGUCACACUUUGAAUGACUGCUGUAUUAAAAUAAGGAUCUUAGAUCUCGCACUACUUAUUGUCUCAAAAAGUAGAUCUGUAAAUACUAGCUGCAGUUUUUUAUUCACCAAGCCAGAUACAUUUUUUACGGAAAUACUAGGAAUUGUAUGGGGCUGUUUUAAAAUGCUCAAAUCUAUACUAAGUCUUCAGUGAUUCCUUGACAUGCACAUAUUUCAUAGUAAUGUAGAAGAACAAAUCAUUUCUAUGUUUUUAAAAAAAAACAAACAAAAAGCCAAACAAAACUUAUACGCACAAUUUCUAAGGGAGGGAUAAAAAAGGCACCGUGAAAUGACAACAGAUUUCUCCAUCCACAAAGUGAGUUCAGCAUAGGAAGUCCUAAUCCAAAUGAAGCUUUCCCAAGAUUUUCUGUUGGGUAGCUCUACAGAAGAUUUAUCUCCAUGUACCUGUCUAUUCUUCAAUGCAAAUGAUGAAUGGUUAAAGAUGAACAUCAUUUGCAUAUCUGCCAAAUCAGAAACAACAUAGACAUUGCUCUUCAUGCUUGCCAGAGUUGAGAAAUACAGUUCAGGAUGCUAAGAUUUCAAGGUUCAACUUGAUAAAGGUACAUUCAAUGAAGCACAGAACAACCUAGUUUUGCAGAUAUUUAUAAUUUCAUUUCCUGCAAUUUCCUGAGGAGCUUGAUUAAUUAUCAGAAACGUAGUUGCUCAUUUCACUCUCAUUUGAAGAUAUUUGAAAUCUUUCCUUUGAAGAUAUGGUUGUUCUUUCUAACUCUCAUUCUUCCAUUAUCACCUAUGAGACUUGAAAGACACAAAAAAUGCAUGUGCUUUCUAUCUAAGAAUCUUUCAUUGAUAAAGAAUUUCUGAAUUACCCUUCAAAAUUUCCUCAAGAAUUCCUCUUGAAAACAUGAAAAGCUAUGAGAAAUUUCUGUAUCUCAACUUUCACGCGUUUUCUUUGAGUUCACUGCAGAAAGCGUGUAUUUUCAUCAUUUUCUCCAAUACUAUUAAUCUAUUGUUUUUCUUUCUGCGGCUAUGUUUUUAAUUUGCCACGUGAUAGAUUAAUUUGUUCAGACAAUAGAUAAAUUAAUAUGAAUUUUCUUUUAUGAAUUUCUUUUUCUUCUCUUCUUCAUGCCUACCUUCUUCAGCUCAAUAUAUAGUGUUCCAUCUUGUCUAUCUUGGAAUUUAAAUCAAAGACCUUUCAUUUAUUUCUUCCUAAUUUAAUCUGAUUUGUCACAAAAUAUUUUAAGAUAAAGGAUAAGGUUAAAGAAAAGUCCUCUGAUGUAUUAAAAAUAUUUCUGAGUAUUACAAGAGCAAAGAGGUUUCCAUUUAGUCUGGGUAAUUUGAUUCCAGUUCUAGAAUUUGAGUGCCGUUUUCGUUAGUGAAAGACUUCUUGAAGAGGUAUUACUUUAAACGCCACUAUCAUUCUACAUUGAAUUUCACAUGUCCUAUAAUUUAUAAAGAACAGAGAUAGAAAUUUACAAAAUAGAGUAUUAAAAUGCUGUAGCUAUGAUAAAGUAAAACUUUCCACCUGCGAGACUACAGCCAUUUUACCACUGGCAUCAGUAUUUAUUACUAGGUGAAUUUACUA